AUGAAAGAAAUGCAGUAUGACUUAUCCAAAUUGAAAUCUGGAGAAGACGAAUUUGAUGUAUUCGGAAAAUAUAUUGCGAAGCAAUUGAAGAAACUCUCUACAGAACAAGCUUUAUUAGGACAAGAUGAAAUUCAGAGAAUGAAAAAGUUUCGAGAAAAGUCAAAUAUUCCAGCAACAGAACAAGAAUUUCCGAAUUUUCUUAAUGAAAAGGAUUUAGUGAUUUCGGAACAAGCAGCGACAAUUAAGACGUUAAAAGAAGAGGAUCACAAUUUAAAUAAAAAAUUAUCUUCAUUGAAGAAGUUGCGAAAAUCUAUCCAUUGUGUUGAUCAAAGUACGACAAAGAAAGUCUGUUGUGACAUAGAAGGUAAUUCGGAUACUUCUUGUUCUAUAAAUUAUAUUUCUGAAUUAAAUCUAGACUUACAGGAAAGUGUUAAGAAAGAGAAGGAUAAAAAUGAUUACCACAAUGAUGACAUAGAAGAUGUUUUUUAUGUCGAGGUAAAGAAAGAACCGAUAGAGGGAAAUGUGGUGUAA